AUGUCUACUCCGAUACACGAAAUUGACGAGCCGAGAUAUUCAGCCAACACAACUCGUUUUCCCGGCAAUGAGAAUAUAUUCGAAGACGAGGACGCUGAAUAUCGUGGCAGGGAUAAUCUGAGGCUGGACACUUUGAACGUAACUUCGUCCAAUAGAACGGAUCCAUCUCCGUCGGCUACCCGUGAGCAAGCUCUACGACUAGAUGAUGACCUAGCUGUACUGCAAGCCGAGCGAGUAGUAUCAAGCACGCAACGAAGCGAAGAGCAUAGCGAAGGCACGUCAUUGCGUCAACUUCGCUCGCGGACGGAACCGGUGGAUGAAUUUGAUAUUGCUACGAACCCGCUCCACGAAACCGCGGCAAUCUACAAUGCGCCGGAAGAUCCUCAUACCAAUAUAGCACGAGCCUUGAAGAGGAUUCACAGCUCGAGUUUCCUCGUCCGUUACUUUUUCUACAUCACGCCGUUGACGCUAAUUAUAUUGAUUCCACUAUUGCUGGGUGCUUUGGUUUUCAAGACCGCCAAUGUUGGAGGUGUUCAACUGCUGUGGUUUUCCAUAUGGUUGGAAAUUUUCUGGCUGACUCUUUGGGCGGGUAGAAUCACUGCAAAAUGUUUCCCUCCCGUGUUCGGAAUUGUCUCAUCCAUAUUCACCAAUAACUCCAAGAAAUAUCGGGAUCUGGGGAGGGAACUAGAGUUGCCCUUGACACUAUUUUUCUGGUGGUUGGGAGUGGAGGUGUCUUUUCUGCCAACCAUGAUCAACCAUCAUGUUGAUGGUAAUAGAUCAGUCAAAGAAUGGGAAAACACGAUGAACAAAGUCAUCGUUUCGAUAUUUGUCGGAGCUAUUCUCAACUUGAUUGAGAAGAUUAUAAUUCAGUUGAUUGCCAUCAGCUUCCACACUCGGACAUAUGCCGAUCGAAUUGAGAUUAACAAGUUUCAAAUCUCGAAUCUGACCAAACUAUACGCCUUCUCUCGCGAAAGAAUUUCUGAAAAGGACGAGGAUUUUGAGGAACGCGCCAGCGGCACACAAUCCGGUGCCAAAACACCUCUAAAUAUUGCUGGGACGGCCCUCAAAGUUGGCAAAAAGACGUUAAACAAGGUUGGAGAUAUGGCUGGGGCGGUUGCCGGCGACUUUACUGGCAAGAAGAUCAACAAGAGCAGUCACCCGCACCAAGUGGUGCUCGCUUUGCUUAGCACCAAUAAAGGCGGUCAGGUAUUGGCGAGGAGAUUGUACCGCACCUUUGUUCGUGACGGCUUCGAGACUAUCUUUUCGGGUGAUUUGAAAUCAGCAUUCGAUAAUAACGAAGAAGCAGAAGCCGCUUUUACCAUGUUCGACAAGGAUAUGAAUGGAGAUAUUUCCAUGGAAGAACUGGAGGCCGUAUGUGUUGAGAUUGGUCGCGAAAGAAAGUCAAUCACUGCGUCGUUGAAAGAUUUGGACUCGGUCGUGUCAAGACUCGAUGCGGUGCUCUUCUUCAUUGUUUGUGUCAUCACACUGUUGGUUUUCUUGUCCCUGAUCUCAACCUCUGCUGCCGGUGUGUUGACAUCUGCCGGUUCGACUAUUCUGGCGCUAUCUUGGUUGUUUUCUGCUACCGCUCAAGAGUUUUUGCAAUCCGUCAUCUUUGUCUUUGUCAAGCACCCGUUUGAUGUUGGUGACCGAGUCACUAUUUAUGGUAACACAGGUGACAUGAUGAAGGGAGACGACUACUUUGUCAAGGAGAUUUCUCUGCUGUAUACCGAAUUUAAAAAGAUGCAGGGUCACGUGGUACAAGCCCCGAACAGCUAUCUCAAUACCUUGUUCAUCCUAAAUCAGCGUCGUUCGGGUGGUCUUGCCGAAGCUGUGCCUGUUAUUAUCAAGUACGGAACCACUAUGGAACAAAUGGACGCUCUACGACAACGUCUGUUAGAGUUUGUCCGUACGGAGAAACGCGAAUACCAGCCAAACAUUCUUACGGAAUUGAGAGAAGUCACCGAGGCUUUCUCACUCACUCUCAACGUGGUUUUUUUCUACAAGUCCAAUUGGCAGAACGAAGGUCUUCGUCUCCAAAGACGUAACAAGUUUAUUUGCAUGUUAAUGUUAUCUAUGCAAGAAAUCGGAAUCGAAGGACCUCGCAUGAACCUCCAGGGUGCUCACGUCGACUACCCCUUCCAUGUCAAUCACCACGGACAACCACCCAGUUACGCUGCCUCUACUAGACCGGGUCCCAACCAGCAACAGCCGAUAUCAUCAUCAUCUGAAACUAUCCUCGAGGAACAUGAACCCAAUUUCCCUGAAAAUGCCGCAUACUCUUCCGGCAGCAACGCACCAAUUCGUCCGCAACAUUCUAUCCUCCGCAAAGGCUCCAUGACAGCCGCCGCUCGUGCACGCGGAGAAUCCCUAUCCCGUCCCGGCCGCCACGUCGAUUUCUCCCUCGGCAACAGCGCGUUAGUCACCAACGAUCUUAUGGGAGACGUCUUUGAAGACCGAACUCCCUCGCGGCUCGAAGAAGUCGUUCGCAACGCCAAUCGUGAGGCGAUGGAGCGGCGGAUCCGAGACGAUGCCGCGGCGUCACGGGAGUCUCUUUCGUCUGCGUCGCGGCACCCUGCUCCUGCGGGCUUUGAGAAUCGGCCCCGAGCAUCGAUGGAGUCGAGGGGUUCUGCUGCUGGACGGCCGAGCCUGUCAUCUUCUUUGGGCGGUCGGAGUGGGUUUUUGUCUAGGCUUGGUUCGCAUCACAGUCGCGUGCGGAGUACGGAUAGUGACGAUUUGAUGGAGCAGGCCCAUAGCAUGAAUCGCCUACACUGGCAAGGAUAUGGUGGUGCGGAACGAGGCCCGGAAUGGAUCUUGGAGAUAACUUCCGGUCCAAACAUCCAUCAGGCUGUGAUCUGGUUGCAGCAACGUGCCGUAAACUUUACGGGUAAGCUUAUUGUUUCCAAGAGUAUCCAAUAG